AUGCUUGUGAACGCUCAGCCCGUGCUUCCGUACUCGAACGAGCACUCUACGUCAGCUCGCAAAAGUCGUCGCCUCUCUUCUUCCGGCCGAUCUCAAUACCGUGCAUAUUCAAAUAUCCUUGUACCAUUCAAGGAUACAUCCAAGCUGGCAGGAAACAAGCGCCGUAGCUUCUCUUCGCAGGGUGGGUUGCUGAACAGAAUGUUCAGUGGCUCCUCGAGCCCACCCAAAGACAAGUCAGACCCAACCCCAAUUCCCCGAAUCGACAACGACACGAGCCUUCAACCCGAAAACGCCAGUCCGCGUGACAAGAGGUUUUCGCCGCCUGGCUCCGGAUUCUUUACUCGACGACAGAGCGAGGACCAAGCCCCUACUGGUGAUAAAGACAAGAAGCGUCGCAGCAGUACCGUGACCAAGGCCGCCAGCUUUUUCAGUAACGCUAGAAACUCGCUGAGUCUGAACGGUGGUGGAGGUUCUCAAAGCUUCUCGGGACUCAGCACAAGUCCCCAGACCUCGGAAAGCCCGCUUCAGAGGCUGGGAAAGAUGGACCCUGCGCUGAGCGUCCCACAGGGAUCUUUCAACAAUUCUGCAGGCGAAUCAGCCCCAACUGCGCGCUCCUCAUUUCGCGUAGGAGUGACUGAGGACCGGAAUCGAAAAUGUCGUCGAACAAUGGAGGAUACUCACGCCUACCUGUACAACUUUCUUGGAACGCCAGCCCCGACUGGACAAACCGACAAGAAUGGUACUUCUCCGCCGAAUGCAUCCUGGCCAGGAGAGUUGUCAAACGUGGUAGAAACCGAUAACGGCUACUUCGCCAUCUUUGAUGGCCAUGCUGGAACUUUCGCAGCAGAGUGGUGCGGUAAGAAGCUGCAUUUGAUUCUUGAGGAGAUCAUGCGGAGAAGCCCCAAUGCGCCUGUGCCCGAACUUCUCGAUCAAACUUUCACCAGCGUUGAUCAGCAACUGGAGAAGCUGCCUGUCAAGAACAGUGGUUGUACUGCAGUGACCGCAGUGCUUCGCUGGGAGGAUCGUGUGCCAAGCUCACAGUCAGCCACCGGGUCUGCCGCUCUUGCUCUUACUGCCGCGGCCGCUAAUAAGGCUGAUACUGCCGAGACUACACCAACCCAAGAAACAUCCAUGGGCACUUCUAUUCCAAAGUUGCAAGAAAAAGCAGUCCGCCAGCGAGUCCUUUACACUGCCAAUGUGGGCGACGCCCGCAUUGUAUUGUGCCGUAAUGGGAAGGCACUUCGACUAUCAUACGAUCAUAAAGGAAGCGAUGAGAAUGAAGGAAGACGUAUCACUAACGCUGGAGGCUUGAUUCUCAACAAUCGUGUCAAUGGUGUUCUGGCGGUGACUAGAGCUUUGGGCGAUGCCUAUCUUAAGGAUCUCGUCACAGGACACCCUUACACUACCGAAACUGUCAUCCAGCCUGAUGCAGAUGAGUUUAUUAUUCUUGCUUGUGAUGGGUUAUGGGAUGUCUGCACUGAUCAAGAAGCUGUUGAUCUUAUACGGAACAUCCAAGAUGCUCAACAUGCCUCGAAGAUCCUGGUUGACCAUGCGCUCGCUCGAUUCAGUACUGACAAUUUGUCCUGUAUGGUCAUCCGACUUGACACGAACCGGGUCAAAGAUGUCGUCACCAGCAAGGCCGAGCCCAUUGGUGUGGAUGGAGACCCAGCCACUGAUGUCCCUCACGGCGUGAGUGAAGCGGACAAGAUUGUUGAAGAUGCACAGAAGAUCAUGGCUAGCCAUGGGAUACACGACCCAGAGACAGAGAAGGAAGGAAAUGCGAUUCUCCAAAAGAUGGGCAACGAUGACCAGAAGGCACGAAAUGAUUCGUCUUCUAAUGCCUUGCCUUCAGUGGAUAUUUUAAGCCCGAGCAAAACAGACAAGAAUGCGAGCUGA